AUGUGGAGUUUUCUACUACUCUGGUCGGCCGUUGUCGUCUGCUCAGCCGUGGCUAAAGAUGUGGAGUUUACGAUCAACUUAACGUGGGACUAUGGCGCCCCGGACGGCUUCAGCAGGAAGAUGAUUCUCAUCAACGGCACCUCGCCCGGUCCAGCCCUCCUUCUAAACCAAGGAGACAACGUGAAGUUCCUGGUCCACAACAAUCUGCCGAGCAACACCACCAUCCACUUCCACGGCAUCACGCAGCUCAAGACACCUUGGUCUGACGGUGUCCCCGGGAUUUCGCAGAGACCGAUUCUGCCGGGGGAGUCAUUUCUCUAUCAGUGGACGGCGGAUGACUAUGGCACGUACUGGUACCAUGGCCACUACCUCUCCGACAUUAGCGAUGGUCUGUUGGGUCCCAUACACAUCAAUCCUAGCCCCCAGCAGCCCCUGCCAUACAGUCUCAUCAACUCGUCGCCGGCCGAAGUGGCGGCAAUGGCAAACGCAGCGACUCAUCCCCAGCUCGUCACGAUAUCAGACUGGAGUCAUCUGGACUCGGCGGCCGUGUUACAGGCAGAGAUUGACACCAACCUCGACUUGUACUGCACAAACUCGAUCCUGAUCAACGGGCGAGGCAAGGUGAGCUGCCUACCCAUAUCGAAGUACAUGUCGCUGGCAACGCCCGACACCCUACAAGCCCUGAACGGGCAAAACAUCACCGCGCAAGGCUGCUCGCCUCCUGGAAUUGCCGAGAUUGAGGGCAACUUCCAGUUCAACCUGAGUGCGCUGCCACCCGCGUUGGCGUACUCGUGCGAGGCCACCAACACCACCCAGUCCGUCUUCUAUGUCAGCAAGACCGACCGUUGGGUCAGUUUCAACUUCAUCCUCGGCGCCUCCGUGCAGACCCCGAUGGUCUCCAUCGACGACCAUGACAUGUGGAUCUACGCCGCAGACGGCCAGUUUGUGCAACCGCAGCGCGUCGACGGGAUGCUCAUAUUUAGCGCGCAGCGUUACUCGGUGCUCGUCAGACUCAAGGACAAGCCCAGCUAUGACGCCUAUACCAUGCGCUUCUCCAAUGUGGGAGGCAACCAAAUCCUUUUCGCCACGGCCCUGCUUUCGUACGCUCCGAGAGGCAAGAUUGACACCAUCGCGCCAGACUCGCACGCACUCUUCAAUCAGGCUGGCAGCGCGAUCAAUGGCUCAGUCGUUACCCUUAACAUGAGCUCCCUCGCACCAUAUCCCGCUAUAAAGCCCGCGCAAGACGUAGAUGCGACGCACAUAUACAAGGCCAGCCGUGAUGGCGCCGCCUGGAAAUGGACCCUGAGCGCAAGUCCAAUUCCCCUUUCUUCCUCCCUCCCUUCUAAUAAUCUGAGAAGCGCAAAGCUGACCGAAGACCAGGGAUCCAUCUCCUACCCAAUGUCCAUAACGGACGGGUAUCCCCUCCUCUUUGAUCCCAACAGCACAGCAGCUCUCAACUCCAAUCUCACAAUCCGCACCCUCAAUGGAACUUGGGUGGACAUUAUCGUCCUGACUGAUCCCGGUAGCCAGAACCCCACGCAGCCACCACAUUCGUUCCACAAGCAUAGCAACAAGUUCUUCAUAAUCGGCAGCGGUAAAGGCGACUUCAAUUACACCUCCGUCAAGGAGGCUAUGCAGGCGCAGCCCGAGUCCUUCAACCUCGACAACCCCCCAUUUCGCGACAGCUUCGUGUCAAGUGCCGUUUACAAGCUGGCUGACCCCACGCACGUAGCGCCGGGUAUGCCAACCUGGAUCGUGAUUCGCUACCAGAGCAUGAACCCUGGCGCCUUCAUCCUGCACUGCCACAUCCAGCCUCAUUUCGCAGGCGGCAUGGCCAUGGCAAUGCUCGACGGCGUAGACAAGUGGCCCGCAAUCCCGGCUGCGUACCGUCCGGAUGGCAGCGGCACCGGGAUGUAG